UGCGUACCUGUUAUACAUCUUGGGCAUUAAGGUAUUCCCUGACACUAGUGGCAACAGGGUUAGUGCAAACUACCUUCAGUACUUGGAUCUGUUGGAAGAUGUAUAUAACUAUUCUUGGGACACCGUGGUAAUAGCACAUUUGAUGACGGAGAUGAGAAGGGCCUCUAAGGCUAAAACAAACCAAUUUGUCGGGAAUUUCACUCUACUGCAUGUGUGGGCUUAUGAACACUUCCCAACAUUGUUCAAGGACUUCCCUUUCUUGAAGAUCACACAUAUUGACGAUCCCGAGGAGCCUAGAGCCAAGAUAUACGAGUUCAACAAUAUUCCGAAGCCCGGUAACAAUCGUCGAUUGAUCGAUAUGAGAUUGGCUCUGGACGUGAUGAGUACCAAAGAUGUUGUGUUCGACCCUUACAGAGAGGCUAGAGGAAAUCACCAACUUUUGAGGUUUGGUAACGUUGUAUUUUACCAUGGGUCGUUGUUCCACCCAAAGGGAUACGUUAUGGCUGAUCCUCGACGUGUGAUGCGGCAACUUGGAUAUAAGCAAUUACCACCUUUUGAGACGACCUCUCCUCAAGGUUAUGUUCUUGACCUUUCUCGGUGCUUUUCAACUCCCAAUAGGUUGCAGGUGGAGUAUGAUCCAAAUCCUGAACCAACACAUUGGACGGAAAGGGAACCACGUCGUUUGGUAGAUAUUAGUAAGUGGGAGAUUGCGGAAAACGGUGAUGAAUUUGAUGCAGACUACAUGGAAGAUUACCUGCAAUGGUCACAUCCUUUUGUCGUGCGCCCGGAUGAUGUCCAAGUUCCACCCCAGGAAAACCCUCCCGUUCUAACUCCUGCAGUGGCACCACCUAGGAUAGCCCAACUUAGUAAGACCGUUGGAUUGCUACGGCGUUGGCUUGGAAAGUUGAAGAAUAUGUUAGGUUGCAAGUACCAGGAAGGAGAGGUUCUAUCCCUUGAAGAAAUGAAGGAAGUCGAGGAAAAAGCUUGAUAGAUUGAAGAAACCGACUCUAGUGCAAAGGAUUUGUUCGGGGAAACGAGGAAGAAACCGGCUCAAAAGAAGCAAAAGACUAAGUGAUUAACUCUUUAGUUGUAUUUAUUUAUUUGGAUGGUGGUUGUUACGUCUUGAACA